AUGAGAAAAACAGAGGUAAAAGGGACCUUCAUUCGCGAGCUGGCGAGAAAAGCGUUGUUUCGUGAGAAAAAUAUCUCGACCGAGCCCGUGGCCCACCGGAGCACCUGGUGGAGCCGAUCGGUUAAUCGGCGCGGUUCCUCGGAAAGCGUCUCGUUUGGUGACGCAGUAAACCGAGCGCCAGCCUCGAUUGUGCAUUCUGUAGCCCGUGACGACGUCUUCCGUAACCGACCCGUAAAUCCACCCGACCCGUUGGCCCCACUCGCCUCGGCCACGGUGGGCGCGUCGAGCGGGUCCCGCGGGACGGUUAGGGCGCCCGGCGGCCGCCCGUUUUUCACCGACGGGUGGUCGGCGAGCGGGCGUCCCCCAAACUCGGCCACCGGGAUCGAGUCGAUAAGGAGGCUCGAGUUUCCGAACAUUUUCGGGGCGAUCGAGAGGUUGCCGGAAAACGAGAACUCGUCGUCGUCCGAGAUCCUCAACGCCUUGUUCUCCUCGUCCGAGUUUCCGGCGGGCCCGGUUCGAGUUUUCUGGCGGCCGGAGAAGCACAUGGAGAGGAAACCCGGGCUGUGUUCUUUAGAGCGGGGCGGGUCGAACCCGUAUAGGGCGACCCGGCGGAAGAGGCAACCCCCCGUCGAGGGCCCGCAUGUUGCCGUCGAAGAAGACGGUGUUGCGGUUGGCGUAUCGGUCGGAAGGGUCGAUUCCUUCGAAGCGUUGGGGGAAUUGGACGUAGCAAAUGCGGUCUCCUCCGCGGUCCAUCAUGAAGCACAUGCCUUCGCGCAUGGCUUGCGAGUUAUAGAUGUAAUGGUCGCAAUCGAGGUUGAGGAUGAAAGGCCCGUUCGACAUGAUGGCCGAGGCCCGGACGAGGGCGUUCAUGGCUCCGGCUUUCUUGUUGUGGUCGUAGCCCGAGCGCUUCUCGCGGGACACGUAAACGAGCAUGGCAUGAUCGCCUUUCGAGUGAUCGGCCGACGGACUCAACCAAGUCCCGGGCCAAUGUGUCCCGUCAGCCAUCCAAGUCGCCUUCGUAAUCUUCACCGCCUCCUCAAUCGGCUCAUCCUCUUUUAUCUGCCGCCUUUGUUCCUUCAUUGCCCUAAGCUCCUCUCUCGCAUGAUUAAAAUAGCUCUCGGGAUUCCUCGGCUCGAUUCCGUGCUUGCGGCAGAACGGGACCCACAGGUUCGCGAAGCUGGCGGCCUCUGCCAUGGCCUCAAAUGUCAAAAGAUAAUCGGCUGCCAGUAUGGAAAGUAUGGUGUUGGCUGUGACGAGUGGGGGCUCCUUUUCGGGAUCGGCUGUCGAGACAAACACGUCUAUGCCCGGGAGAUCGGAUUUUCCGGAGGGGUUGUUUGGGGUUGGGGUCUCGAAUUUUUCCUUGAGUACGUUGAGGUCAGUGGCACGGUUUACGGGGCAGAGUUUUGGGAGCUGAUCGAGUAUCCAUGA